GGAAAAGCGAAACUGAUCUCAGAGAGCUGCUCUCACGCAGACUAGAAGGGCAGGAAAAUGGCCAGUAUUUCAGUAGAUCAUGACCAGUUCAGCUGUCCAGUCUGUCUGGAUCUGCUGAAGGAUCCAGUGGCCAUCAACUGUGGACACAGUUUCUGUAAGGUGUGCAUUAAUGGCUGCUGGGAUCAGGAUGAUCAGAGGGGGGUCUACAGCUGCCCCCAGUGCAGAGAGACUUUCGCUCCAAGGCCUGUUCUACGCAGAAACAACAUGCUGGCUGAAGUGGUGGAGAAACUGAAGAAGACAGAACUCCGAGCUGCUUGUCCUGCUCCCCGUUAUGCUGGACCUGGAGAUGUGGAGUGUGAUUUCUGCACUGGGAGAAAACUCAAAGCCAUCAAGUCCUGUCUGACGUGUCUGGCCUCCUUUUGUGAAACUCAUCUUAAACCUCACUGUGAAGUUCCUGGUUUGAAAAAGCACAAGCUGGUCAAAGCCUCCUCACAGCUACAGGAGAAGAUCUGCUCUCAGCACGACAAACUGAUCGAGAUCUACUGUCGUACUGACAAAAGCUGCAUCUGCUAUUUGUGUACAAUGGAUAAACACAAAGGCCAUGAUGCAGUGCCAGCUGCAACAGAAAGAACCAAGAAACAGAGUCAACUAAAGGAGAUACAGAGAAAAUUCCAGCAGAGAAUCCAGGAGAAACAGAAGAAGCAGCAGGAGCUGAAACAGGCUGUGAAGACUCUUAAGCGCUGUGCUCAGUCAGCAGUGGAGGACAGUGAGAGGAUCUUUACUGAACUGAUCCGCUCCAUUGAGAAAAAGUGCUCUGAGGUAACAGAGCUGAUCAGAGCUCAGGAGGAGGCUGAACUGAGUGGAGCUGAAGAACUCCUGGAGAAACUGGAGCAGGAGAUCGCUGAUCUAAAGAGGAGACACACUGAGCUGGAGCAGCUUUCACACACAGAGGAUCACAUCCAUUUCCUCCAGAGUUUCCAGUCUCUCUGUGUCUCUUCUGGAUCUGAGAACUCACCCAGCAUCACUGUCCAUCAACACCUCUCAUUUGAUGGAGUGAGGAGAUCUCUCUCAGAGCUGAAGGAGCGACUAGAGGAGUUCUGCAGAGAGGAGUUCAGUAAAAUCCCUCCACAUGCUGCAGCAGUUCAGAUUUUAUCCUCAGAACCAAAAACCAGAGAAGAUUUUCUGCAGUAUUUCUGUCAGCUGACUCUGGACCCCAACACAGCAUAUAGAUACCUCAUUCUGUCUGAGAAGAACAGAGUGGUGACGUGGAGUAAUAAAGAGCAGUCAUACUCUGACCAUCCAGAGAGAUUUGACUACUUUCUACAGGUGUUGUGUAAGGAGAGUGUGAGUGGACGCUGUUACUGGGAGGUUGAGUGGAGCAGUGAGGGAGAAUGGGUGUUCAUAGCAGUCUCAUAUAAAAGGAUCAGCAGGAAAGGAUGGGAUUAUGAUUGUGGGUUUGGACGCAACAAUCAGUCCUGGAGUCUGCAGUGUUCUCCCUCUCUCACUUUCCAACAUAACAACAUUAAGACUGAGAUCUCAGGACCAUCAUCCUCCAGAAUAGGAGUGUAUGUGGAUCACAGUGCAGGAACUCUGUCCUUCUACAGCGUCUCUGACACAAUGACCCUCCUACACACAGUCCACACCACAUUCACUCAGCCACUCUACGCUGGGUUCUAUGUUAAAGGAACUGUGAGGUUAUGUAAUAAAAGAUAAUGUGUCUAUUGAAUAUUGCAGAUAAAAAAAAUCUGUUGUUGAUCAACUGUAACAAAAGUUGACCCACAUUUAUUUUUCAGGUCAUCACAUUAACUUUAUUAUUCCUGCAUGUUUGACUCUCCUUCACUCAGCCUCUUUGCUGGUUCAGAUAAAGAGCCAGAAGUGUUUCAGUAACACAGCUGAUGGAAAAUGAAACCAUUAGAUUAGGGUGUGAAUGAGUCGUUUCACUCCAGCUCACAGAGAGCCUGGCAGGUCACACAUAGACAUACGUGGAAAAAUCAAACAGAUCCUCCAUUUAAUUCAUACAGAAUUUCAGAGCUAUGCCAUAAAUAGUUUCUCAGUUAAGAGUGCAGAACUCCAGCAGGUUCUAAACCACAUCUUAAACACUGAGUUUAACUGCUUACAGAACGACUGAACUGAGCUGAAAUAUUAACUGGAAUAAAUACAACACUAAGAAUAAUAUUUCACUUUAAAUCAACUGCUUUGAUCUUAAUAAACUCCCACAAGAGCUGUGUUUAAAAUGAUUAAUAUGAGUAAUAUUAGCUUCUAUGUUUUAUAUUUAACUGUAUAAAACAGACCGAAACAGAAAGUUUAUUAAUCCAGAAGGAAACUGCAGAGUCACAGCAGCAACAACAGAACAGUGCAGAUCACAUAACUCUACUAGAAAGAGCUCUAAAAUAUACAGAAUAUACAAAAACACUUUGAGACUUAAAUCACAUUAUGGGUUUACAGUGAAUAUGUAUGUUUGUAUCUUGAGAUUUCUUUAAAAUGUGUAAGUGAAUAUUAGACACAUGUAUGUAUUGAUCCAGUUGAUAUAAUUGACAGAAUAACUCUGUCUAACUUGAGAAAUAUUGAUAUAAAAUGUAAUUUGAGAGAAUAUAAGGGAUUCCAUUCUCAUAGUCUUCUGUACGGCUAUAUUUGUAGAAAUAAUCAUCAUCAGUCUAUUUCAGAGUUCAUGCUGAUAUAAAGAGACAUUUUCUGAGCGUUUUUUUUCAGAAGCUGGUGAUGAAUGUGUUGUUCAGUGAGAGUUUAGAUUAGCGUGAAAUAAACUCCACUUCAUUCUACAUCACCCCAUAGAGCAUCUCUAGAAGAGCUUUUAUUCCUCCUCAGCCUACAAACCACAAAUGGAUCAUGAUGUUUCUCACAUUUCUCUAAUAAACUGGAAGCUAAUGAAGCUGAUGAGCUGGAUUAGCUGAUCACUCAGUGUAAAAUACUGUUCUCUGUUUUCUAAAAUGAAAUAAAAA